AUGUCGGCUUAUGCUUAUGUCACGGCGAUCACUAAAGAGAACUACAGUGUAGAAUUAAGUGAUGAUCACUAUGGUUCUGUGGCAGACAAGUUCGAUUACUUCUUUAAAGAAUUUCAUGAAGCAAAUAUUCCAAUUCUGAUAGAAUGUUUGGACUUGCAGCCACAUCACAUUAUAGCUGACAUUGGCAGUGGGACGGGGAUCAUCGCCGAAAAACUCUAUGAAAAGUGCGGACUGACCAAACCAAUUUGGUGCGUGGAUCCCAGCGUAGAAAUGCAAGAAAAAGCGUGGAAGCGAGAAGGAACCUACCCAGUUCUGAAAACUGCUGAAGAAUUUUUUUCUCAUCCCGAAAUCGCCCAUUGCUUUGAUAGAGUGAUAUCUAUUGGCGCCGCGCACCAUUUCGCAGAUCCUGUCGCCGUCUACAAAAGCAUCUUUCACUCUUUGCGCCCCGGAGGCAUAUUUAUCGAAGUGACCACAAUGGACACAGGUUAUCCAUGUUUCAAAAGUGCGAAAAAAGUCGAGAAAGCAGCGGUGGAGAUUGGCAUUCAAAAGCGAAAACUUAUCCGAAAGCUCGUUGCAGAUCCAAACGUACGUGUAUCAGAGAAGGAGUAUUGCUGCCCGAUGUCUCUGACAAAAUCCAAGUUGUAUGAGAUGUACCGACGUCGAUACAUGAGCAUGCUUCAUCAGUUGAAUGAUGAACAGAUUGCAGAAGGAAUCAGGGAGCUUGAGGAUGGGCCGUUGACGGAUGUUAAGAGUCAUGAUCACAUCAGCUUUACUCAAGUCAUCCACGUAACAAAAUUUGACCUGAACUGA